CCAAAGCCUGUCCAUGGAGGGAUGCUGGGGAUUGGAGGUGACCAAUGGCUCAAAGAGUGGCUUGGAGUUCAACCCGAUGAAGGACUACAUGAUCCUGAGUGAUGCCCAGAAGAUAGCUGUGGCGGUGCUGUGUACCCUCCUGGGCCUGCUAAGUGCUCUGGAGAACGGGGCAGUGCUGUAUCUCAUCCUGUCCUCCCAGCGGCUCCGCAGGAAGCCCUCCUACCUGUUCAUCGGCAGCUUGGCUGCAGCCGACUUCCUGGCCAGUGUGAUCUUUGCCUGCAACUUCGUCAUUUUCCAUGUCUUCCACGGCGUUGACUCCAAGGCCGUCUUCCUGUUGAAGAUUGGCAGCGUGACCAUGACCUUCACAGCCUCUGUGGGCAGCCUGCUGCUGACUGCUGUGGAUAGAUAUCUAUGUCUGUGCUACCCACCCGCGUACAAAGCUCUAGUCACCCGUGGGAGGGCACUGGUGGCCCUUUGUGUCAUGUGGGUCCUCUCGGCAUUGAUCUCCUACCUGCCACUCAUGGGAUGGACUUGUUGUCCUAGUCCGUGCUCUGAGCUUUUCCCUCUCAUCCCCAAUGACUAUCUCCUGGGCUGGCUCCUGUUCAUUACCAUCCUCUUCGUCGGCAUCAUCUACACCUAUGGCUAUGUUCUCUGGAAAGCCCACCAGCAUGUAGCCAGCUUGGCAGAGCAUCAGGACAGGCAGGUGCCUGGGAUAGCUCGGAUGCGGCUAGAUGUGAGGUUGGCCAAGACCCUGGGGCUGGUACUGGCUGUUCUGCUCAUAUGCUGGUUCCCUGCAUUGGCUCUUAUGGGCCAUAGCCUGGUCACCACACUGAGUGACCAGGUCAAGGAGGCCUUUGCCUUCUGUUCCAUGCUGUGCCUGGUUAACUCUAUGGUCAACCCCAUCAUUUAUGCCCUUCGAAGUGGAGAGAUCCGCUCUGCUGCUCAGCACUGCCUGGUAGGCUGGAAGAAGUAUCUACCGGGCCUCGGGCCUGAGGGAAAGGAAGAAGCGCCAAGGUCCUCAGUUACGGAGACAGAGGCUGAUGUGAAAACCACCGCCGUGCCUGGUUCCAGGAGUCCGGGCUGCUCCAAUUGCUGACGGCACCAUUUUUCCUAUUGGAAACGGCCUGAGUGAGAAAUCAGCUCACUCCCUCAAGGAGAGGGGCAUCCCAGAUCCUGACUCUUUCUGGAAUCAGCUCUAGGGGACCCAGACCCCUUUUUGCAGGGAGUGCUUGACUUCGUGGCUGGAAGUCAUGUCUACCUGCACAGACCAUGGCAGGCUCUCUUCACAUCAAGUCAGGAGGGACCAAGAAGCCAGAGGGGCCUCCAGGAACCGUAAUAAAGGAUUCAUAGACUAUCUGAGAAGAUGAAGGACCUGUUCUCCUGGGAUCACAGAGUACCCUGGCCAUGGUGGUCACUGCCCGCAAAUUCAUCAGUGUCCACGUCUUCUAUGGUGUGGAUUCCAGGCUGUCUUGCUGAAGACUGGCAGUGAGUUCUGGUUCCUGCUUCGUUGUUUGGGACUCCGUAGCUGUAAAGCUAU